UAAUUUAGACUUUGCAAAUAACUUUUACAAUUAAUACAGUUAUAAAGAAUUCAUCUAAAAUGUAGAAUAUAAGUAAAAUGGUGUAAUAGUAAAGCAGUGGUGCGUGUUUUAGAUACAUUUUUUAUUUAUUUAUACAAAACAUCUCCAGAAAUUAGUGCAAGUAUGGAGGUUGUUGGAGAUUAUGAAUAUAACAGCAAAGAUAUAAUAGGUCAUGGUGCAUUUGCUGUUGUUUUUAAAGGGAGGCUUCGAGAGAACCCGAGUUCUACCGUUGCUAUCAAGAGCAUAGUGAAGAAAAACUUGGCAAAGUCACAAAAUUUACUAGGAAAGGAAAUUAAAAUUUUAAAGGAAUUGACUAAACUUCAUCAUGAAAAUGUUGUUGCAUUGCUAGACUGCAAGGAAUCUGCUAAUUAUGUCUUCUUGGUUAUGGAAUAUUGCAAUGGAGGUGACUUAGCAGAUUAUUUACAAGCCAAAGGUACUCUAAGUGAAGAUACCAUUCGAUUAUUUUUGAUCCAAUUAGCUGAUGCUAUGAAAGCGCUAUACGCCAAGGGUAUCGUCCAUAGGGAUUUAAAGCCUCAAAAUAUUCUUCUGUCACACAGUGGUCCCAAAUUACAUGCUAAACCGUCAGAAAUAAAAUUAAAAAUAGCUGAUUUUGGUUUUGCGAGGUUUUUACAAGAUGGUGUUAUGGCAGCUACGCUUUGUGGAAGUCCCAUGUAUAUGGCACCUGAAGUAAUUAUGUCUUUACAAUAUGACGCUAAAGCUGACUUGUGGAGUAUAGGUACUAUAGUUUUUCAGUGCCUCACGGGAAAAGCUCCUUUUCAAGCUACUACACCUCAAGCUUUGAAGCAAUUUUAUGAAAAGAACGCUAACUUACAACCAAUGAUUCCAUUUGGAACAAGUCAAGAUUUAAUUGAACUUUUAAUGGGAUUAUUGAAAAGGAAUGCCCGAGAAAGAAUGAAUUUCGAGACAUUCUUCAAUCACAAAUUUUUGAAGAGGCCCCAAUCGCAGAGUCCUACUCAAGCAGAAUUGCCAUUGCCAAUAUAUGGCUCACCUCCAACUACAACGAAAGUACCCAUAAGACCUGCGACUCCUGUUAAAGUUUUAACCCCACCAGGUUCUCAACCAGAAUCACCUCGAUCUACAAGAAACGCUCUCAGUUCAAGUCCUGAAGAUGAUUAUGUUAUAGUGCCCCAAAAUAUUCAAAUACCAUCGGACCACUCCUCGGAGAGCAUUGAAAAAGAAAAACCUGUAUUUAGAUUACCGGUACGAUCACCCCCCGUAACAACUGCACCAGUUGCUAGUCCAACUAGACCGAGCUUUUUACCCAUAUCAGAACCAAUUCCGGUUCCCACUCAACGUGAAGCUUUUGAGAAGAUUUAUAAUCAGUCCGAGAAGAAAGAAGAGCCUCCAUCUCCGACUAAGGUGAAUGGUAGCGGAAGUGUGCCAAGAACCCAACCUAUAACUAUUAAAAAGAGACCAGAGAGGCAAACCUCAGAUAUAGACAUAAGCUCAAUGUCACCACCUUCGCUUAAAUAUGUUUGUGGUACACCUCCAGGAGGUAGAAGAAGAUCAACAUCAGGAAGUCUUUGUGAAACUCCUCCUCCUCCGAAUAUAUGGACAGUCUCUCCUAUAUCCGUUUCAAAAAAUCUGCCUAUUAACUCCCCACUAAGAAGAUCAGUGCACAGCUACCAUAAACUUUUUGCAGGAACUUCGCCUCCAGUAUUAUCUGGUCCAUUAGCAAGACUUCCCAUUUUAAGCAGUCCAAACCUUAACGACAACAAUAACCUUGGAAGAUCACCUAUUAUUCCGUUUUGUACGAGAGCCGUUACAUUACCAGAAAUUUCUGAAAUGGGUAAUUAUCCAGCCUUCCUGAAUGAAAAUUCUAUCAGUAACGAUUUUCACCCCAUAACUUUCUUAGCGCCGGAGUUACCCGAGGAGACUAUAUUAGAGAAAGAACACAAUGAGACGUUAGCGAAGAUAAAUUUCGUCUUAGCCUUAUGUAAUUGCAUCCUAGAUUUGGCUGCUCAACGAGCAACCCCCAUUUCCGCUGUAGUAAAUCCCCCUCGACAGAUCCAACCAGUUAACGAAAAAACACGAAGGGCGGAACAAUUCGUUUUAUUAAUUAGAGUUUUGCAAUUGCUGGGAUCAGGUCUAGCCAUGGCUACAAAAGAGUUGCAAUCUGGACAGUUGAGAUUCAGUAGUACUGUAAAGACUGUUCUUUCUACGAUGAAUAUGCUAUUCAGGACUACACAACAAGAAUGCAAACAACUCAAUUAUAAUGGAUUGAUGAAUCACAUUAUAUCUGCGGAUAUUUCAGCUGAUAAAAUUAUAUAUAGUUAUGCAGUACAAGUGUGUCAGUCAGCUGCAUUAGAUGAGUUAUUCGCCAAUCCAGAAGAAUGCUUCCAGAGGUAUCAAACUGCACAGAUAUUAUUGCACAGUUUAUCACAACAAGAGAAUUCCCAGAUAGAUAAAACGGCUAUGGUUAAAUACAAAGAUGCCGUUGAGAGACGCCUUCAGGUACUCCAACAACAAGGCUAUAUUUAUGCUACAGAUCUCAGCUAGAGACGGUAUCGUCUAUUGAAACGUAUCAUAUUUUUCUCAUAAUGUAUGGUAUAAUUCAUAUGUUUCGCUUUGACUAAAUAUUUUAUGUUCGUUAUUUUUAAUAUAUAAAUGAAUAUAGGAAUGAUAAAGCGUCUAUCAUUGCAAAAUCAUAUUGAGGAGUAACACCACUGUAGAGCCCGGUUUUUGAACAUCAUUUUUGAAUUUUUUUUUUAAAACUUUAUUUUAUAUGCAACAUCCAAUUAGAUGACUUUAUUUGUACAUAAUUUGAAGUAAUUAAAUUAAUUUUUACAGAGCGUCCAAAAACAAAAUGCCGUCAAUAAAGAAGCUAUAAGCAUUCCACUACCACUAACUUUUCGUUGUAACUAUUAUCUGAAACAUAAUAGUCAACUUUUUGUCUUCAAUAGCAUUUGUGGUAAAUUUCUCUUUAUUAUUUGUUUGGUAAACACAUUUUGUUGCUUAUUCAAGUUUUUUGUAAUAUUUUCUGCUACACUUUGAAGUUAUUUUAAAGAAAGUGAUACGUAUUUUGGAUGUUUUGAUUUAAAAUGCUUGUUUAAAUUGAAUUCCUUGAAAACAGUAAUUGUUUCCUGGCAAACUAAACAAAUUGCUUUUUUAUCAAUGUUUGUAAAAAGGUAUUUUACCGACCAUGUUUCGUUGAAAUGUCUGCAUUCCAAAUCAACUUUUCUUUUUUUAGAUUGACUCAUUCUACAAAGUCCUACAAAUAAAUAAUUUAAUUAUUGCAAUCAAUAAAAUAAAAACAAUGUUUUAAAAUUUUACCAACAAAAAGUUAUCUUUUCCAAUUUAUUAUUAUAUUUGCAAAAUAACAAAUAUUAGUCUCAGAAAUGACGAUUAUGCGACUAGUGCUAAAUCAAAAUAAACAAGAUUGCACGUUCAAUUCUAUGUAGUAAGCCGACUAUCCACUUUUUGAGAGUAUGUACAUUGCAAACAUUAAAGCAGGGAUAUGGUUACAGCUGUUCAAAUUAUAAUACUCUAUUAUUUAUAUAUUUAAUUUUUUAUAUGUACACUACGCCACCCCUGCGUUACACUAAUACACUAUCACAAAAACAGUUUAUAAUCUCACUGGUGCUUCCCAUAGAUAUGUACUAUUUACUAAUAGAAAUAGUCUCUACAGUGGGAUAUCUAGCGUCUGAUGCUCAUAACUCACUCAAAUUUUAGAAAAAGAUUUUGACUUUUUGAAAUUCUUACAGUAGUGUUACCCCUAAAACAGAAAACAACUUCUUUUCAAAAUGUAUCCACUACAUAAUUCAUUGUAUUGUGAAAAGUUUUUUAUUCAAAGUAUAGUUCUUAAAUUUGAUUCGUCAUAUUUUUAUGUAAACGAAUAAUCCUAGAAUAUUAAUAAGACAUUGUCCUUUCUUUAUUCCUUAAAAUUUAAAGUAGUGACAUGUAAACUUAUAAACCAUUUAUGUAUAAAAUAGUUAUUUGGAAUGCUGGUUCAUGGAACAAAUAAAUGUACAGGAAUGUAUGGUUACAAUUGACACAUAUUAUAUCAGAUAAAAAUAGGUAUUUUUGAAAUUAUUUAAAAGUAAUAAAUUCAAGUAAACUUUAAAUAACUAGAGAAACAAUCAAAAUCUAAAAAAAUUUAUCAUUACGGCAAAAGUAUUUUGAUAAAUUCAUUCAAUAAUGUUUUAAUUAUAUUCUCUACAUCAUCUGCAUUCCAGAAGAUUUUCAUUUGAUUUUGAUAUGACUAAGCUUAAACCUACAGAUUUUUUUUCUUUUAAAUGCAAUCUCAACGUAUUUUAUGUAUGAGGAAUCUAAAAGACCUAUUGUGACUUCUUUACUCAGUUACCGAUGACAAUUUGGGUAUGUCUUCCUACUCUAUCAGGUGUGGAUCCUGAUAUUCUUUAUUGCUUUACAUUCAGCAAGUAUGUAGAUUCUUAUAUACAAAAUUUGAUUUGCUUAAACUUUAGGUGCAGAUUUGUUCUUGAAUUCUUCCGAUCUCGUCUGGUUAUAGUUUCCCAGUUUAUCUCAACUCUACUAUGAUCAAGCAGUAGUCCAAAUCUUUCUUUUAUUUUCUUGUUUUUUUUUUUAUUAUAGCGGUCCGAUUCCACAAAAGAUUUCAAUCUCCAUAACGUUGUUUCAGCUUAUCAACUUCCUCUGCUACAAUGUACCCUGAGUACCCACAGAGUAAUUUUAUUAUCUCUACCUACUUCAUUAAGGAUGCCUAAAUUUCCGCUCAGGGGUUUUCCCAAGUUUUCAGAAUGGUUUCUGGCGCAGCGCUGGUUUUUGUAGAUCUCUCUUUGCUGUUUCUUUAAGUGUCCAGUACUUAUAUAGCAUGUGAACACACACGUUUUUUCAAUGAUUAAUAAACUAAUUAACUGAUUUUCGGCGAAGGUAGAAUUAUCUUUAUUUAUCUUCAACACAACUUCAAUUACGAAACAAAGACAAAAAAAUAAAAUAAUAAUAGUCAAAACCGAAGUCACACACUUCAUGUUGGCGCCGUUUGGCACACACACUUUUCUCGUACCCUCUUCACAACGGUGAUCGACUAAUUGAGACUUGAAAGUUCGUGUAGAUCUGAGUAUAACUGAUAUUUCGCGGUAAAUUGAUGCGAUGUUAGGAUACAUUGUUAUAGGGAUAAACAGUUUGGUUUAGGCCUAUACACUACUAUCCUUUCCUUUGUUUUCAAACCAUGUACAAACUAUUUAAUGAUAGGAUUGGGAAUUCUUGUAAUAUAUAACAAGUGGAGAUUGCAUCUCCCACCCUUGGAUAUAUGAGGGGAUCUCACUAAGUCAGGGUAGUCGUAAAGACUAGAGAAUGUAACCAGUCUUAGUCCGAUCGUUACAAACAUACAUCAAUAAACAAACUAUAAACUAAAUACAGUCCUCAUCAUUUUAACAAAUUGGUCCUUCGAAUACAAGCAAUAGUAAUAGUGUUUUCGAACCUUCUCCUUUCUGUUAUGAAUUUCCUCAUCUAUACUUUUUCGCGAAUUUCUGUUUCUAACUGUGUCUUAUUCUUUACCAUUACUAUAAGCAACGGCAUUAGUUUUAUUAUUUCUUGUUAUACAGGAUAGCCUUUGAGUUUUUCUUAUUUUUUCUAAGUUUCAGUUUUAAUAGGAUAUUUUUGUUUGUUUCCAAAUCAUAUAUAAAAAUGGUGUAUCUGGAAUGUUGUAUAAUGAUUUUGCAAGCAUAAUUAGUAUUACUAUAUUUUAUGAAUUUUUAGGGAUUUAACAUCUUUCAAACAAUAUUAUCUCAUUUAAUACAGAGAUAAAAUAAUUAACUUGUGUUUAUUGCUUUUACAGACAUUACAUUCAUUUUAUAAAACUUGUAUGUGUAACUAAUGUAAAUAGGUUGUGAAUAAACGUUUGGUUGUAAUUAAAAAAUGUCCAGUUGAUGAUGUCCUGUAUUUAUUUAUUGGUUGUACCACGAUUACUAUUAAUUUAAUUAGAUAGUAUAAAGAAAAUAUAUGUUUUUUGAAGGUCAUGGGGAAGAUAGUCCACUUUUUGUUCAAUCUAAUUAGUUAAUUUUUUCGGGCUAUAAAUAAAGGUCUUAUGAGGUCUAUUCUGUAAUUUUUUUGGUUAAAAAUAAUCAAUAAUGGUUAUAUUUAACCACAGUGUAUAACCAUAGUUCGUAUUCUAUAAUCAAAACCUAGUGGUACAUGCACCAAACAGCGGUUAUAGUGUUGGUUAUAGUAUUAUUUAUAUCGAUGAGGAUACAGGGCAAUCCAGAACCAUGACCUGCGCAACACUAAUAUGACCGCUGGACAACAAACAACGUGUUCAAUGCUAUUGUGACCACUGGGUUUAGCAAUAAUUUGCGCUUUUUUUUCUUUUAUAUCGUUCGUCACGAAAAGAGGCGACGGUGAAAAAUAAAUGUUCUAAUGUAUAUAAUCUUCAGGUUUAAUUUCCACAUUUAUCUUUUAGAAACGAAGCACGUGUAAUGAAUAGAAAUUCCAAAUUUGUAAAACUUUUUAAUCUAAAUAAGGAUGCCGUUCAUUUUCUUUUAUACAAAAUAUUUUACUACAUACCCAUGAAGGCAUAAGAAUUACAUGUAUUCCCACAUAUUUAAAAGUUUUAUGGACACUGAACUUCUUGGAACUUGGAUGGUAUCAAAUGGAUACAGGAACAAUGUUUAAUUUCCCCAUGUAAUGCUAUAACGUUUUAUUAAAUGGGUGGGUAAGAUUCAUCAUCCAUUAUAUUCGGCAGGUCCAUAUUACAACAGUAAGGGUUUUACAAAAUAAAUGUUCAGGUAAUUGCAAAUGCUGAGUUAAAAAUAAUCAAUAAUUCAAAAUUAAUAAUAAACAAAUGUCAAGCAUAAAUGUACAUUUAGAACAAGUGUAUUUGCAAGGAAAUUAUCCACGAAUGCUCAAAAUGAAGAUUUAAUACGCAUUUAAACGAAUCAGAGUUACCACAGAACAUGUUAAUGGAAUUUUAAAAGGUAGAUUUAGAUGCUUGUGUAAAAAUCACUGAAUUAUACUCCCAUAAAAGCUAGCAAAUUGGUUAACUCAACUCUUAUGCUGUUCUACAAAAUGUGGCUUUGUAUUUCAACGCUGUCCUUCUUGAUGAAGAAAUGAUUGUUGAAGAGAAAUUUAUUGUACACGAUGGUGAUCGAGAUAAUAAUUUUUAUAUACAAAAUACAAGAAAACGUGAUAUAAUAUGUAAUGAGAAUUACACUUGAUAUUCAAUAGAAAAAUUUCUUCCUUUAUAAUUUAAUUUAAUUAUUAUCUUAAAUUUACUCUUACUUCAUUUUUUUUUGUAACGUAAUAUUGCUCUGUAGAGGGAAGUAUAUCGGUCGGGAAAUAAAAACCUAUAAAUACUAUUACAAUAAUUUUUACAUCACUUCUUAUAUUUCACUCAUUAUUUUUUUCUUAAACCUUUUAGUUUAAUGUUAAUUUAAUUUUGACUGCAUAAACCAAGCUUUAAUCCCUCUCAAUUUUUUUUGUAUAGUUGAUACUCUGUAGCUUCCUUUGGAGGGUAAACCAUAUCUACAUGUUCUUCAAUAUCGUUUUUUCUCCUUAUUAUUCACAAACAAAACUAAAGAAUUAAUGUGAUUAUACCUAGUUUGGUUACGUAUUUCAAUUUGUCAGGUGGUGGGAUGGUUUUUGUUCGUAGAACACAUUUUCAAAGAUUUUGUAAGGUUACCAAUCUUGUACCUAAUUGUACAUAGAUGUAAUAUAUCGUUAAAAAUUGGGAGUUAAAACUGAACAAUGCAGAAUACUCAUCCGGUUUAAUUUUAUAUCGAUCUAGUUAUAAAUAUAUUAAUAACCCAAUGACUACAAAUAACCGAAAAGUUACAGGACAGACCCCUUUAUGUAGUUUUCAGGACCUAAACAAUUUUUUUUUUCACUAGGUAUGUGAACAGAAUAAGAUUCUCAACUAUAUUUGUUUUUUAACAACCUCUAUUUUAUUUGCAAUCUGUAAAAUUUAGAAUGAGCCGAUGGCUAAUAUAUAAGUUGUCUACUAGGAUAAUUGCUGGGGCAAUUUACAUUCACUCAAAAAAAAUAUGGUUUGAUUGAGGCAUAAUUACAAAACAAAUCACUGACACUAAAAUCUGUCAGUAAAAUCACACAGAAGAUACCUUCUAAGCUUUCGCUGGGUGAAAGGUCUCAUUAAAGGUUGAGCCAAUGUGUUGGGAUGGAUUUCAAUGCGAUGAGAAUAUUUCUGGCAUAAGCGAAAUAUUUUUUCUUUAAAUGAAUUUAUUUCAAGGUCACAAGCAAUAAUGUUGUUAGGUACAUACCAUGGAGCAUCUACAAUAAUUCUGAAUACUUUUGACUGAAAUCUUUCUAGAAUUGCUAUAUUUGAGUUGAGAUGCAGUGCCCCAUAGUUGAUGUGAUGGAUUUUAAUGUGACUUUGUAUAUUAGCAACUUGUUAUUGAUUGUUAUCGGGAAGAUAGUUCACAUUAUCUUUUUCAUUAGGUAAGCAGAAUUAGAAUGUAAGUUAUAUAAGCCCCAAAGUAGUUUUUACACAGGAAACUGCUUGAGAUUGUGUACUAUAACUCACAUCACCUUAAGUAAAAAUAUAUUUUUUUCAAUAUAGACUAUUCAUGUAUAUAAAUUAAAUUGUCAUCCAGUAACAUAUUAAAUGAUUGAUGAAAAAAAAAACUAUUUAUGUUCAACAAAAUAUAAAAUUAUCGAUUUGUUGAAUACAUCACUUGUUAUAAUGCAUCUUUAUGGGUAUCUUUGAUAAUCAACUGGGCAUUUUUUACGAAUACUUGGUUUAACUAGAUAUAAAGGUAAUGAUGAAAAUUGGCAUUAAUAUUUUUGUCGUGUUCCAUUUAUCUUAUUCAAGCUAAGUUAUUAGAGGGUAGGCAACAGAGUAAUUUCGGUUUUGUAGUAUAAAAUAAAAAAUGAUUCCGUGCUCAUAAAAUUUCUGGUCCUUAUCAGCAAAAACUGAACCAGAUUCGAUUGAAAGUCAUCAUCAUUUGUGAAAAUUUUACCCUUCUAAGCAUUCUACCGAAUUCAAAAUAAAUGGUAAUCAGUUGGUGUCAGAUCAGGGCUCUAUGGGGGUGUGGCAUCACUUUCCAGCCAAGCUCCAACAGUUUCCCACGAGUUGCCAAAGUUGUGUGAAGCCGUGCAUUAUCAUGGUGGAAUACUAAACCUUUCCGAUUUGACAAUACUGGUCGUUUUUCUUUGAUUGCUUCAUCCAGAUUUACUCAUUGUUGACAGUAAACAUCAGGAUAAUCGAGUGGUUCCUUGGAAGCAUCUCCAAAAACGCAACAACUUUGUAAUCCCACCAAACUGACAGCAUGAACUUUUUUCAUAACCAGUGAUGAUUAGUUUCAAGAAAGGGUUUGGUUUCAUAUCGUUUAAGGUGCAUAUUGCAAAUGUUGAUUCCUUGUGUUAAAUCGUGAGAUACCCAAAUAUCAUGCUUCUUAACUAGCCCAAGACAUUUUAAGUGUUUUUUAAUUGUUUUGUGCGAUACAUGUAGUAACCUCUCAAUCAGUGAUAUGACGAUUCUCUUCAAUUAUCACUUUGAUUUAGUGAUCAUCACCUUCAGUAGGCCGACCAGGACGUUGUUCAUAUUUGAGGAAAAAAAUUCCAGAACGGAAUCAACACCAUAAACUUCACUUAUUUCUUUGUGAGCAGCAGCAACCUUCUUUCCUUUGAGGAAAAAUGUUCGUUUCUGCACUUUAUUUAAAAUUAACUCACAACCAAUAGCUUUAAUAAAAAUCACGCUCUACUUGCUUCUAAAGCUAUGUCAAUGUGACCAGUAUCAUGUGACAAACGGCAAAGUACAGCACUAACAUAAGUUAUUGAAAAAAUACAGCAACGCUCUCUACCAGUAAAAAGCGAAAGUACUUAGUUGCCAACCUUAUAUCUUUUUAUUAACUUUGAUGGAUGACUAAUAUGACAACUGCCUGACAUAAAGUAGUGUUUACCGUGUUAGUUAUUUUAUGUGCAUGUAAAGAAUCAUUUUACUGUGAAAUUUUGUUUCAACAUGUUUCAACAGGGCAAUCACUUAACUCCUCAAUUUCAUUAUGGUCAUUAUCGUUUGUUUAAAUAUGGAAAAUAGUGAAAAUUGAUUAUAAAAAAACAAUUUUAAACCGAAACGUUACAGUAUAGAAGUUUUGGGUUAAUUGAAAGUCUGCUUAAAAUGCCUACCCAAAUAGUAAUUCAUGGCAGGUUAUAACUACUACUUUUACAGGCAUCUAUUGGAGUCAUUCGAAAAGCUUUGAACUCUUAUUUUGAGUAGAUUUAUUAUGUUAUAGAUUGGUUGGAAGUAUUCUGUACUAUAGUAUGUCCACAAUUGAGGACCGUUUUUUUUAAACCGAUAACUAUAAAACAAAGAACUUGUGGGAGAGAAUUUUUUUAUCUAGCUUAUACAAUACUUAUCAACCAAUAUAAAUAUUUAAUUGAAAAACUGAUCAACUAUGGGAAUAAAUAAGAAAUAUGUAAUUUUAUUAGGAGUAAAUAAGAAAAUUAACAAAUACGCAGUUUUUGGAAACUCAAUAAAGAUCAAACACGUUCAUGUUAAAGAAAAUAACGUUGUUUGAAAAUAAAAUAAAUAUAUUCCACACAUACGCUCCGAAAUCAUCACAUAGCUCUGUCUCAUCGACACUAAUGUUAGUACUACGGGUAGUUCCCAUUAUCUGUAAGACUAAUGCCGCUCAAUAGCUUUCUGACAUCAUCAGCUUUCCUAAGGUCACUAACCUGAUUAAUUGCCGACUUCUAUGUCAUGACCAGAGUAUGUGGUGUGGACUUAGCAAAUCACUGUCUGCUCUUUUAUCUGAUACGUUAAGACCCGAGCUUCGGGACGAAUUUCUUUAAAGACCUUUUCCAAAAAGUAGAUAAGAGCUGUCAUCGUAUAUAAAAAGGAAAACAAAUCACAAAACAUGUGGUGAAGAAUUUGUCUGGACAGACAUGCUUCAUUCAAAUAAUGCAUAUGUCCGCAUAGUUAUCAAGUUUCCAUGAAUCUGACACUACCAGCUGGUCGGGCAUUUUUAUAUAGAAUCCAUGUAUGACUCAUAAUUUUCGCAUAAAUCUUUUCGAGUUUUCAAAAAAUGCUCCUCAAUUGAUAUAUGAGACUGAUAAAGUAUAAAAUAGGAGUAAUCGGUUUACCUUCAGUCUUUGAAGACGAUAACUCGGUAUUCGAAACUCGAGUCAGACAGUGUGAUUGUGGGUGUUGGUGUAGUGAUAGUGUAAACAGUGUAUUCAGUAUGAAUAUCACCAACCAACGGUUCUAAAAAUUUUAACUUAGGAGUAAUCGGUGAUAUCCAUUUAAAAAUUGAAAGGAAAGAUAAAAAUAUAAAAAGAAGCCUAUAGGCAAACUGGUAUAGGGGAUUAUAAAUUUUUUCUAUAGUAAAUUUGACAAAAAUAAGACAUCUAUGAUCAUAGUGAGCAAAUAAUAGCAUACCUCGAAUACCUUGGUGUCCUACUGAAAUGAAUAUUUGUUAUAAGCAAAUAAAUCUGAAUUGUAAAUCAAUCAAGGAAAAUAUGUGUCACCAAAAACAAUUUCAACAAUCAAAUAAUGAAGAAUAAUGAAGUUUAUUUAUGACACUGAAAAUAAUGAAUUCGAAGAGAAGACUCACACACUACAGAACUGUCAAUCGGUUUUGACGCAUGCGUACUUUUGUAUGCUUUUUAAUAGCUAUAUCAACAUAUUAAGAUGUUGCAUGACAAUGUAAUUUGUUCUCAUGGAAUGGGCGCCGUUUGGGGUUGUAAACCUUAACUACUACUUUGACAUAUCAAAUAAUGGAAAACAGAUAGUUCAUUAUUGGAGGAAAAUUUAAGGCUAUUUUUUAGUUAGAGUAAUAUAGUAAUAGUCGACUGCUUCUCAUCAGGUAGAUCUCAUCGACGUAUUCCAAGUGAUUUCCAACAAGGAAAAUGAGGGUUGAUCAUUAAUAAUCAAAGAAACGAUUUUGGUGGGUUUCCUUAAUUGACAAUGACCACCUCUUUUAUUAUUUUUUAACGAGAAACAAUACAUUCGUUCGCGACUAAAUUUCAACAAACGGGAUCGACCCGCAUUUCACACUUGUUCAAAUGAAGACGGACAAACAUACAGACCCACAUUGGGCAGUGCGACAAGUUUGAGUGAAUUCGAAUGAAUUUGAGUUCACAGCUUUCUGUUACCUAUGGACAAGAAGUUUACUAAAAUAAAAUUUAGACAAAUCGUCAAUUAACAGUGUUUCGAUCACAAUGAAUUAAUUAUAGACUCCUAAAAAUACCGUUUUUUGAAUAUCCAUUAUUUUUUGUUGAAAUAUGCUCAAUAAAAAUAUUUUAGACUUAGCUGAACAAUUUUUCAAAAAUUCCAGUUAUAUAUACACAAUAUGAAUUUAGCACAUCUUUAAAUAAUUAUGCUAUGGCCUUAUUGUACAUUCUAAAUUGAAAUUUUGUGACACCAUGAGAGGUUUACAAAAAUCUCAACUUUUUUUGUUUAUCACAAUGAAUGCAGAUUAUAAAUUUAUGCCAAUUUUUAAACUUAAUUUGAUUAUAAUGUGGAUCUUGGACUUGGUAACAACUAUGUGAUAAAAUUCUGUGUAAAUACUAAUUUUCUAUAUUGUCAUCUCUACAUUCAUUUAUCGACUAUUCUAUUAAUCACACACAUUUAACCAAACCUAUCUCUUCCAGAAUGCAUCUUUCAAAGAAAAAUCAUCUCUGGAAGAACUUCCACCACCACUACACAAUCACGUCUGAUGGGGUAGUUAGUCUUUUUUGUUGCUUACCCUCUGUAUAAUAUAGCAGAAAAAUUGAUUACGCCUGGAAUGCCAAGAACCAUGUUAUAUGAUUAAUUUGACAAUGUUUAAUCGUUUCUUAAAAGAAUAAGUGGCUGUUCGUGUUGUAUUAAGUGUAUACAGUGAUAUUAAAAUUAUUUGUAGUCAUGUUUAUUCGGUUUAGUUUAAUAAAUAUAAUAAUAGAGAA